GCCUCAUAUACGGAGGGGUAGCAGACCUGUGACAUUCACUGUUCUCAUGUCUAUGUCAACUGUAUGAAUAUCUGAAAAUGAACACUAUACUGUCGUCUUUUUCCCGCCUGGGUGGAAUAACCCAUUUCAGCAGCAUCCCUGCAGGGAACCUUGCAACAACAGGCACAUUCCACCUCAGGUUAUUCAGCAACUGGAUUGUGUCCAGAGCAGCUGCAGGACCUCAGAUUUCCAGGUGCGGGCCGCUUUCUUCACAAGCUGAGGGUUCAGGACUGUUCCAGCAACUUCCGUGGCAAUACCAGCAGGUACGGACACGGAAAAGAGGCACAGAGUAUCAGCCUAAGAACAUCAAACGCAAGAGGACCCACGGCUGGAUCAAGAGGAUCAGCUCACAAGGAGGCAUUGAAGUGAUUCUACGGCGCAUGUUGAAGGGAAGGAAAUCACUCUCACACUGAAGAUUCCUGUUGGGAAACCUGUUGAGACUUUCAAGAAACAGACAUUGGUUCUGAAAUGCUGGAGGAGCACAGCAAACAGGAAAGAACUUGUGUAUUGGGUUACCUGCUGACACUGGGUGUGGUUUCGGUUUGGUAUUCAGACUUCAUUCAUAAUGGGUGGGAGAGUGGAAACUGGCUUUCGACAAACAAGUUGCAUUUUCCUUGAGUACAAAGAGGUCUGGUAGUUUCACCCAAUUAGUUUUAAUGGGCUUGAUUUCAUACAUAUUAAAUAAUACUCAACAUCUCUGUAACGUUAUGGUCAUAAUCAUUCAAUGUAAGCAGAUUUAUGGAUGUGCGAUACAAUUUGGUUGAAAGACAAAAAUGUGUCUUUUAAUAAAAUUAUCUGGUAAAAGCCACCCUUGAAGAAUUUACAGUACAUGCAUUUGUGAUUGAAAAAAAGUUCCUCCCAGUCAUAGUAUGUAGACACAGGCUUUGUUCUUUGUUGCCUCAAGAAAUAAAGUCUUGACCUUCGAAGUUGGUUACCAUCUACUGUUUGUGAUAAAGUUGUAGGUUUAUUCAACUGAAGGCACUAUAAAGAGAGCGUUGACUGGAUAUUUGAUGAGCGGGAGGAGAGGACUACUUCCAGAGAGUGUAGACGGGUGUCCUUGUGGUCCUGUGUUACGUAAGGCAGGGUAACGUAGAGAUCUAUCAACAGGCUUUCACUUACAAACCAAGAAAAAGUUGUAAAUUAAAAGUUGUG